AUGUCACCUGAAAGGAUUAACUACAAGAAUGAUUGGAUCGUUGACUCAGGCUACUCAAAUCACAUGACUGAUGAUAAAGAGAAGCUGCAGAACCUGACUGAGUACAAAGGCAAUCGUGUGGUAGUGACAGCCAACAACUUAAGGUUACCAAUAACCCACAUUGGUAAGACAAUAGUUGUACCACGACAUAACUCUAACCAGGUGCCGCUUCAAGACGUCUACCAUGUUCCAGGCAUGAAGAAGAAUCUGCUGUUAGUGGUGCAAUUGACAUCAUUAGGCCACUAUGUCCUGUUCGGUCCAAGAGAUGUGAAGGUGUAUCGAGACCUCAAGAUCUUAGGGAUGCCGACAAUGGAGGGACGACGAUUAGAGUCAGUCUACGUAAUGUCAGCAGAGUCUGCAUAUGUAGACAAGACAAGAAAGAACGAGACAGCAGAUUUAUGGCACAUGAGACUAGGCCACGUUAGCUAUUACAAGCUAAGUGUGAUGAUGAAGAAGUCAAUGCUCAAGGGUUUGCCUCACCUUGACGUGAGAACAGAUAUGGUCUGUGGAGGAUGCCAAUAUGGUAAGACGCAUCAACAACCAUACAAGGAGUCCAAGUUCAAAGCAAAAGAACCGUUAGAAUUAAUCCAUUCUGAUGUGUUCGGGCCAGUGAAGCAACCAUCGAUUAGUGGGAUGCGAUACAUGGUGACAUUCAUUGAUGACUUCUCUAGGUAUGUGUGGGUUUUCUUUAUGAAAGAAAAAUCCGACACAUUUUCAAAGUUUAAAGAUUUUAAAGAGAUAGUUGAAGGGGAAGUGGGGAAAAAGAUUAUCUAUCUACGCACAGAUAAUGGAGGAGAAUAUACCUCGAAUGAAUUCUGCCAGUAUCUACGAGAAUGUAAAAUACGUCAUUAG